AUGUCUAUGUCUACAGCAAUUAUCUGUGCCUCCUCAAUGCUGAUAAUCAACUCCACCUCCCGCUCCUCCCACCCCUCAGCAACAACAGAAAGACCAAGCCUCUCAAAAUCAGAGUCCCAACUGUCCAAACCAAUACCCGCUCCAAAAUCUCCCAGUGGAAGAAAAAGCGUUAAGCUUCGAAACCUCAUUUCUUCCCGAAAGAAUUCUGAAAAAGAUCGGGAUCCGAAUGUAUACCAGCCCCUACUCUCACCCGCAAGCCUCGCAUCGAACGAGGACGAGAACGAGGACGAGGGACCGAAUCGCAACAACAGCUUCACACAACUCGUUCCCGAGGUCCUGCAGUACAUCGCGACCUUCCUCCGACCGUGUGAAGCCGCCAUCCUCUCACUAGUUUGCAAAGAUCUUUAUUCUAAAAUCGGGACUGGGUAUCUAUUCGCCAUGACAUCCAACACGUUCGCCUUGCCGCAUACGUUUGAGAGCUACUUCCAUCGCCGAAACUUUUUGGUGCUGCUCUCUCAGGACAUGAUAGGGAAGAGAUUCUGUGAGGAAUGCGGAAAGAUCCACGCAUACACCCCUCCUAACCUCCGUUCAAGGGUCGAGAAAAAAACACAGAAAAGGCCCUGUGAUGCUGCCCUACGGAGACAAACGACACCAAGCUGUUACAACGUCUUCACCGACUCGCGCCUCAACUUCGCCAGCUGCGAGGACGUCAUGAAGAAGUAUCGGAAAGGAAUGAAUGUAGACAGGGAGUUAUCAGAAUUAAACUACUGCCGCAUCCGUCCGACGCCUUUCUACAAGCGAAUCCGCUGGCAUCAGACACGCACGUGUAAAAUCAAGGACGGCUCGUUGCUCGUACGGUCGUACUUCAAGAUCUUCAUCCCCUUUGGCACAGAUGCGAGGGAGAUUACGCAGAGGACUGGGGAUCUGAUUGUUUGCUCGCAUCUCUAUCGGAGUGCGAAGGCGGAUGGGUGGUUCGAUCUGUAUAUUGCGAGCGAAUGCUCGCGUGGACUGAUGUUUCUUGAUCCUCAAAAUCCUAGGUAUAGGCUCGAUAGAGGAGCAGUGAACGAAGAUACCCCAGAGACAGAAGACGAAGAUCCCCAAGGGGGCCCCGCAAAUUCCUCUGUUGUUAAGUCAACCGCUAAGCGAGAUCCCAAAUCCCUCCUCCGCUCCCUCCUCCCCCGCCCACAUCCUCACUCCGACUCUUCCUCCACCCCGACAACCCCCCUCAUCCCACCCGCCGCCCCUAUCCGCGCAUGCCCUCACUGCCCGACCGAGUACCACAUCCAAAUGGCGCAAGGCACAGAGCUGGUCCCGCUCCCAUUCGGGGCGCUCGCGAAGGGCAAGAGGGACCCGACGAAGGAGCUGAAGGGCGGGAGGAAGGGUAUGAGUCUGGUGCUGGCGGCUUAUACGGAUUUGGGACCGUGUAG